AUGAUCAAGAAGGUAAUUGUGUUCACGGACGACCUAGAACCUACUGACAGUCGCAUCUGGGACGUUCAGUACGACGCACUAAGGAGCUAUUUUGAAAAAAUCCGGAGCAAGUUUAGGGAUAAAGGGUACGGGGAUGAUGCGGUGCCACACAUUCUGUAUUUGGAACGAGCAUCCCUAGAUUUGUACACAACAUCUAGGCUUCACGAUCAUGAUCUUAAUGCUCCAAUUGCUUGCCCCGUCUUAUGCCGUAGGCCUAUGUCUUCCUUAGAACCAAAGGCUCAUCACGCCUCAUAA